CCCCAUUAAAGGACAACACUUAUCAUCAUCAGUGAAUCAGUAAUAUAUCCCUUUUAAGAAUUCCAGAAAAGCUUGUAGGUGGAUGAGCUCUGCCCUGCCCACUGCAAACACUAUAUACCAUUGCAGCACGAAAGAGCUACGAACCAGACAACUUCACACACAGAGAGAGAAUUUCGCCAUAAAACAAUGGUGGCGAAGCUUCUUCACUCUCCCAUUCUCACAUCCCACAGUUUUCUUCUUCCGACGCUUCCUUUCAUUGGAAAUCAUCAAAAUGGGAUUGUCUCAAGGCAGAGGAAUUGUAAGUUACAUGGCAGAAUCAUGGCAUCUUGGGGUGAUGCUUCAUUAAAGUCCAAUAUCCAGAAUGGUUUGUUUUGUCGGAGGGAAUUGGUUGCUAUUGGCUUUUCCACUUCACUUUCUCUUUUAGUUUCUUUUUCAGGUUCUGAUGCUGAGGAAGAGGUGAAGAUGGCUUCCAUGGUGGAUGAAACAAAUGCUUAUUCUUAUCUGUAUCCUGUUGAACUUCCACCCAGAAAGCUUGUUCUCAAGUGGGUGGAAUCCAGAAAACCAGAGCGUUAUUCAUCAGCUGCACCACUGUCACCGAAUGCACGUCUUCGGAUUGUUUCCGAGAGGGUUGACUUCAUUGAUAAUCUCAUACUCUCAGUCUCGAUAGGGCCACCCAAUGCUGAUAUUUUAAAGUCAAAAGAAAAGAGUACGUGGAGUGCAAAAGAUGUUGCUGAUUCUGUUUUGUCAGACAAAUCUGCUUUGAGGGUCACCACCACUCAGCGUUUAGCAGAAAGUUCAGUCCUUGAUGCAAAUACUGCAGAAGUCAGUUCUUUUGCUUAAACCAUUGCAAAAUUGCUGAAAGUUUCAAGGUUUACAAAAUGUUAAUGCACACAUUUGUAAUGUGUUUCGCAUGAUUCUGUAUCUCAGAUUGAUGGUGAGCCAUAUUGGUACUAUGAAUACCUUGUGAGGAAAUCACCAACAGAAGUUACAACAGAUCCAAAUCUUUACAGACACUAUGUUGCUUCAACUGCUGAACGAGAUGGUAAGAUUACCAAUUUCCGUAUUCAGGAAUCAAAAUAUUGCAAUGCAUCCACUUGUUGUUUCUCACUCUAAUUAUAACUAGAUUCCCAACAAAAUUUGAUUUAAGUUUUGCUAUACUUACUAACAUAUGAACUGAACAAGAAACAAUGUCCAAUCAUGUGAAUUAUGUGAGUGACUUGUUACAUUUUAGUCGGGCAAUUGUAAAGUUUAAGUUCUAUUAUAUGCUGGCUCUUCCAUGUAAGCUUCUGAAAGAUCUUGUCUUUUUUAAUUGACUUGCUUUCAUCUUAGCUUCUAACUGUGUUGUUCAGUUUAGAAUGACGAUCCAUGAUUGUUUCAUCUCAAUGAUGUCUUGCUGGAUUCAUUAUUACAGGUUAUUUAUAUUCCUUGAAUGCUUCAACGCUUAGCAAGAAAUGGGAUGACGUAAGUUUUCAUCUCUGAAACUUACACUAGUUUUCAGCUCUCAGCACCAAGUUGUAUAUGCUUCUGCUCUUACUCUUUCCUUAAACUCAUUGCAAGUUUGUUGUUUCUAUUCUAUAUUUCGCUUGCACUCAAAUCACUAUCAGUUAGAGCCUCCUUUUGCAUAUUUUUUCCAAAUGUUCUUUUGUUUUUUGUUGGAUACUGGAGGUUUGGGGGUUCGUGUUGCUGUUAAUGCAGCUCAUAACUUUUAAAUCUUCCUCUGAGUGGACCCUCAAUGUCUUAAUAGCUCCCCGAAGUUCUUCGUCAGCAUUGGCCGUUCUAGAUGGUGAAUAGUUGGAGAAGAUAUAGCUGUUAAUCUAGCUAGCAAAGUUUAUUCCGCAAUACACAAACAUGACAUGCUCAUUUAACUAGUGCUUAUGUAUUAAAACCCAAAACCUUAAGCACACAGCCUUUAUCCGCCCAUAUGAGGUUGGUUAUAUUGAUUACUAUCUCAUCAUUUGUGUUCUCACAGUUUUAUGUCCCAUAUCAUAUCAUAAGUUUAUGACAUUUUAAAUAGUUGUUGACCUAACAAUCCCUUCACCACUUUAGACAGGCUUACUUUUAGAAAUACCCUUGUCAUUUAUCUUUUCAAGUGUCAACUCAUUGAGUAACAUCCUACAAGGUGUAUUUUUAGGAUUCAUGACAUCAGUUGCAUUAUGGAGAAUGCCUUCAUAUUGGGUAUGCACAGCAUUACUAUGGGCAAAAGUUUGUGCUGGUUAGUAGCCACCGUGAUUGCAGUUUAAGAUACUUAUCUCUUUAUAGCAUUAUGCCCUCUAGUCCAGUAGUCGGACAAGUGAAGAAUAUCUUCAAAUUCAGUGUGCACAAAGCAUUUAUCGGGGACAAAAGUUUGUGCUAGUUAAGAGCCACCAUGAUUGCAAUUUAAGAUUUCUGGCAUCGUGGUUUAUAGUCUAAAUAGAUUAUAGAUAAACUGAGAAAAUGGCCUUGGAUUUGGUGCCAUAGACCUAAAUAAGUAGAUCAUUGUGUGCAAUGACUUUGCAAAUAAUGUGAUACAAAUGGAAAAACAAAACCGUGAAUGAAUCACAUUAUUUUUUUUCUGUAAAGAUGAAACAUAAUAAAAUUCAUUUGCGCCCAACCAUUCCAAAUGGGUGGCGAAUUUCUUUCAUUUUGGUUUAAAGUUUGACAGGUGAUUCCUCAUCAUGUCGUAUUUGAUGCUUGCAGAUGGGACCGGUGUUAAAAAAGACGGUGGAAUCUUUCCGUCUAAUAACUCCGACUGAGAACUAUGUGCCUCCGUACAAGGAUCCUUGGAGAUUUUGGUGAUAGCUCUUUCUCCUUGUAUUCACUAGCUCAGAUAACCAAGAUUUCCAUUGAUCCUUUAAGCUUACAUAUGAAGUGGGUAACCACUAGCUUAGGAAUUUUGAGGUUAUUGUUUUUACGUGUUAAUUCAUGUAGAGUUUCUAGUGCAAACAUUGUUUAGGAGAGAUGUUUUCAGAAGGCUUGUUGCCAUUGAAUGCAGAAUGUGCCCUGAAAUGGGAGAAGAUUUUGGACAGUAAUAUUUGAAUAUAACGAAAAUGUAUUGGCAAUACACUAAUUUAUACUGCAAACGCGGAUAAUUGUUCUAAAAAGGGUA